UAGCGGCCACCAGCGGGAACAGCACGCGGCUGACGGGCGGUGAUUUCCAGCGUCGGUGGUGCAGCAGAGCAGAUCCUGUCUGACCGCAGCUCAGUCCGCACACACCGCCUGUCUGUCUGUCUGUCUGUCUGUCUGUCUGCCUGACUGUCUGUCCGCAGGCAGUCGGUCAGUGAAGCCCGCACACAGACCGCUCAGCCCCGCCAUGAGCACGGUGUCCUCCUGACGGCCUCCAUUCACAUCCAGAGCGCAUCUGCAGCCGAAUCUGUGCGAUCUGUCCAUUCAGAGGCGGAGGAGAGGAGGAGGAGGAGGAGGAGGGAGGAGAUGCUGAGCACUGCAGCAGACAUGCCGGGCCCGCUCCACAUCACACUGAUCGCGCUCCUGUCGAGCUGCGACGCCUUCAGACUGGGUUCGUCCCAGCGCGUCAUUCCCCUCAGCCCUCCCGUGGCCCGUGUGUUCCAGGAUGAAGGCCCGGCCCAGCCACACUUCAUCCAGGAGUUAGUCAGGACCAAACGCCACUCAGUCCAAGAGUUGGUGCGAGCCCAGCCUAACUUGGUUCAUGACAUGGGCCGGCCAGAGAUACAUGAAACAACCCGCUCCCAGGCGAAGAUGGACUCCGCUAACGCCUCCCAGUUACACCCAGCGCCCCCGGCCAGGACCUGGCCCGCUGUGGACGAAAGCGUAGAUGUGGAAGACGAGAUGGAGCGUAUGGUCCAUCUGGUGGUUCCCCAGGAUUCAGAGAGCUACAGGGACCCAGAGAAGGAGCUCGUCGGUGGGCCCGGAGCCGGCGACGCCUCCCUGGAGGCCUCGGGCUUCUAUGGGACGGACAUGGAGGACAGAGACAGAGGAGAGGAGGGAGGAGAGGACCGAGAGAGAAGAGGGGGGGAGGACGAGUGGGAGAGAGAAAUGGGAGAGGACCAAGAGAGGAGAGGGGGAGACGCCAGAGGAGAGGAAGAGGAGCGGGGAGGAGAAGAUGUUCAUGGUCUGGACGUCUCAGAGGCCAACCACACAACCCCGGAUCUGGACGCUCUGAUUGGCUACAGCCCGUCCUUCCACCCCUCCAGCUCACAGCAGCCCAGCAUCUCCUCCCCAGAUGAGCUGCACGAUUCUGGGCCACAGGAGCAUCGUGCAGCCCCGAUCCUGGAGGUGGGGCCCUUAGAGCGAGAGCUGUGGGAGGCAGAGGGGGAGGAAGAUGGUCACUCCAGCGGGUAUGGAGGCCUCCACCGCUCCAUCGCUACAACCAGUACUACACCCACUGCUGCUCCUCCUGCUGCUGGAGGAGACGCCGUGGGAACUGCCACCCCCGAGACGGACACAGGAACAGACUUCGGGCUGCUGGGAACGUAUACAAAAGAUGAGACAGAGGACGAAGAGACUGAGAGGGAGGAGGAAGAGGAAGAGACCGGUCUGGCACACAAAGGCGUGUUUUCCCAGAAUCCCACUGUUCCAGAGGUCGGCAUGGCUCCCAGCAGAGAGCCUCUGCAGCCCAGCGUGGAGGAAGAGGAGGAACAGGGACAACAUGAGUUCAAAGGAGUUCGACUGAACGACAGAAGCGAAGAGGCGGAGGAGGAGGAGAGAUGGGGAAAGAUGGAGAAAGAGGAAACGAGAAUCGGACCCAUCAGCCCGCUCACAACAGAACCCUCCACCACCGUCGGCUUCACCGACUCCUCCUGGGACUGGACCACGCCCCUGCCGGCCCACAGGUCAAAGGUCAGGGGAGGUGGAGUCACUGAGGUCUUCGUACCCGGCCGUGAUUUUGAUGAUCUGGAGGAGCACCAGGUGGUGUGUGUCGACUGGAGCGAGCUGACCGGACGAGGCUACGUCAUCCUCAACAUGACGCAAAACUUGAAUUGUGAGGAGUUUCGUGCGGACCAGGGGAUACUGCUGCUGAAGAUCAUGGAGCGAGUGUUUGCUCGAAGAAUGAACAGCCCCGAGGGAUCAUGGGUACUUUACCUCAGCAAGCCGACACACCAGCAACACCAACUGCUGAUGAACGUGGCGUCUGAGCAUGGAGUGAUCGGUACCAAGGAUCUGCUGGGCAUGCUGGGAGAGAUCAGGAAGAGUUUGACUGAUGCCGGCAUCGAGAACUACAGCGCAGCCAGUAGCUGCCAGUCUCGACCCAGUCAGACACGCAGCGACUACGGCAAGCUGUUUGUGGUUCUGGUGAUCAUCGGCUCCGUCUGCAUGGUCAUCAUCACAUCUGGAUUCAUUUACAUCUGCUGGCAGAGACGCCUGCCUGCCACCAAGACUACGUUUCGUGCUGAGGAGCUUCACUUUGUGGAGAACGGUUGCCACGACAACCCCAUGCUGGAUGUGGCCAAUGACAGCAAUCCUGAGAUGCAGGAGAAGAAGCCGAGCACCAAUGGGCUCGCGGGGGGAGGAGGAGGAGGAGACGGAGGCGGGGAGGACAGCAAUCGCUGGCAGGUGUUUGUCAAUCAAGCAGCGACUGAGGAGGAAGAAGAGGAGCAGGACACACAUCUCUGAUGGACCAAGAGGAGAAAGAGACAGGUUAUGAAGGAAGGGCGUCACUGAUAGACAGAUGAUGAAGUGGAGAGAGAAGAAGAAGAAGAAGAAGAAGAAGAAGAAGAAGAAGAAAUGACAGUAGAGGAAACGAGGAUGAAGAAAAAAAGAAAACAUUUUGAGGAGAGAGGAGAGGCGAAGAAAGGAGGAAGAGGAAAAGAAAAAGGCUGAGUAAUAGAUGUGUUGUCCAGUCGGAGUUAAGCUAGGAUGAAGUCUAGGAGGAGAAGCAGGAGGAGUCACUGACGUCAUCACGGACAUCAGACACUGGGGUAAAUGCCAAGGUUCAAAAUGCUUCAAAUUUAAAUUAAUGGAAAGACAGUAAAGUCGCCAAACUCUUAAGAUGUCCACCUUCUACACAGUCAGAAAGUGGACUUCAUAGAGUUGCAACUCUAUGUGAUGCUCAUGAUACUCACCAUUACAUAAAAACUCCUCUGUUUAGUGUGCCUUAUGCUUUUAGCUUUCAGCGCAAUUAAAACAUGAAACCAGCAAAAAAAAAAAAAAAAAAAAAAA